CAUGUGUAAAUUGUCUUACAGAGUUUUCACGUGGAACAGAGAAGCGGCUGAAAGGUGAAAAGUGGAGAAAAGGCAAAGAGGAAGAGCUAGAGAGCAAAGGUUGAAGAACGGAAAAGCUUGAAGCUUAGAGAUUGCCGGAUUAACUCAGGUAACGAGCGGUGAUUGAGUAGAAGCUAGUGCUUGGAGUCUAGUGUAGUCUACUUAGAGGGUCGUGCUCUGAUAGAUGUAACAUCGGGACGGGAUGUUUUAAUUGUUUUAUUGUUGGUUGUUGAACCUUUUUACCUGUAAUAUGUUAUAUGUUUUGAAUGGUUAGUUGAUUUCUAUCCGCUGCGAAUUAUGCAAGAAAGUGUUAUUUUGAUUAAAUAAAGAGCAUGACAGUUAUUAUGGUGUGAAGUUAGUUGUGUGACACCCUUGGUGCAUAAUUACUCUGAUAUAUAUAUUUGUUGUUUUUAUUAAAUAAUUGGGGGUAUUUUAGAAGGGUGUUACAUUAGUGGUAUCAGAGCAGGUCGGUCUGUCCGGCCAGUUGUCGUGUCGUUACUGUCUAACAAUUGUGUAAUUGUUACUAAUCUAACUUUUAAGUUGUGUUGUAUUGAUAAGUUGAAAUGGCUGGAAGGAAUGACGCUGCAAUGGCUGCCGCAAUGCAAGCGAUGGCACAAGCUGUGCAGAACUUGCCAAAUGCUGGUGGUGAUGCUGGAUCACGUAGCUUGGCGACUUUUCAGAGAGAGAAUCCGCCGGUGUUUAAAGGGAAGCAUGAUCCAGAUGCAGCCUUGGGAUGGUUGAAAGAGAUUGAGAGAAUCUUCCGUGUUAUGGAUUGCACUCCAGCUCAGAAGGUUCGGUAUGGUACUCACAUGCUAGCAGUCGAAGCUGAUGACUGGUGGCUAGAGACUCACGAGAGGUUGACCGUGGCAGGUGAAGUCAUUACUUGGGAUGUAUUCCGCAGGGAAUUCAUGAGGAAGUAUUAUCCGGAAGAUGUCCGUGGUAAGAAGGAAAUUGAGUUCCUUGAGCUGAAGCAAGGAAACAUGUCUGUCACUGAUUAUGCUGCGAAAUUUGUGGAGCUGUCCAAAUUUUAUCCUCAUUACACUGGUGCUGGUGCUGAAUUUUCAAAGUGCAUCAAGUUUGAAAAUGGAUUGCGCUCUGAAAUUAAGAAGGUUGUUGGGUAUCAGAAGAUACGCAUUUUUACUGAAUUGGUUGAUAGCUGCAGGAUAUUUGAAGAAGACAAUAAUGCUCAUUACAAGAUUGUCAGUGACCGCAGGGGCAAGCAACAUCAAAAUCGUGGCAAGCCGUAUGAUGCCCCAGUGGGAAAAGGGAAACAAGGAGCUGCUCCGGCUCAGAGGACUAGUAGGGGAGGUGCUCCUGCUGGUAUUGUUUGCUUCAAGUGUGGUCAGGCUGGUCAUAAGAGUAAUGUAUGCACUGCUGAAGUAAAGAGGUGUUUUCGCUGUGGUAAGACUGGCCAUGCAAUAGCUGAUUGCAAGCAUAAGGAAAUGAUUUGUUUUAAUUGUGGCGAAGAAGGGCAUAUUGGAAGUCAGUGUCAGAAGCCAAAGAAAUCUCAAACUGGGAAGGUGUUCGCAUUGACCGGAACUCAAACCUCCAGUGAGGACAGACUUAUCCGAGGUACGUGUUAUAUUAAUGGCUUUCCUCUUGUAGCUAUUAUUGACACAGGUGCGACUCAUUCCUUUAUAUCUUUGGAUUGUGCUGUGAAACUUAAGUUAGAGAUAUCUGAGAUGUUUGGUAGUAUGGUAAUUGAUACUCCUGCGAAGGGUUCAGUGACUACUACUUCGGUUUGUUUAAACUGUCCUUUGAGUAUUUUUGGUAGAGACUUUGGGAUGGACCUAGUGUGUCUUCCACUAGUGCAGAUUGAUGUUAUUCUGGGUAUGAACUGGUUGGUGUUUAACCGAGUUUCUAUCAAUUGUUUUGAUAAGACGGUGGUCUUUCCUGAGAUUGAGGAGGGAAAGAGUUUGUUUCUAUCAGCAAGGCAAGUGAAUGAGGAAGUAGCUGAGGGGGCAGAGUUGUUUAUGCUGUUAGCGACUUUGGAGGCUAAAGAUAAAUUGGUGAUUUGCGAUCUAGCCGUGGUAUGUGAUUUUCCUGAGGUGUUUCCGGAAGAGGUGAAUGAAUUACCGCCAGAGCGCGAAGUGGAGUUCUCAAUUGAUUUGGUGCCUGGUACUAGGCCGAUAUCGAUGGCUCCGUACCGUAUGUCUGCUGUUGAGUUAACUGAAUUGAAGAGUCAGUUGGAAGAUCUGUUGGAGAAAAAAUUUAUUCGUCCGAGUGUGUCACCGUGGGGUGCACCAGUGCUAUUGGUUAAGAAGAAGGAAGGUACGAUGAGGUUGUGUGUGGACUACAGGCAACUGAAUAGAGUGACGAUCAAGAAUCGGUAUCCUUUGCCGAGGAUUGAUGAUUUGAUGGAUCGGUUGGUUGGUGCAAGUGUGUUCAGCAAAAUAGAUUUGAGAUCUGGGUAUCAUCAGAUCCGUGUGAAAACCGAGGAUAUUCAGAAGACUGCUUUCAGAACAAGGUAUGGACAUUAUGAGUAUUCUGUAAUGCCUUUUGGUGUGACUAAUGCGCCUGGAGUAUUUAUGGAGUAUAUGAAUAGGAUUUUCCAUCCGUACCUAGACAAGUUUGUUGUGGUGUUUAUUGAUGAUAUUUUGGUGUAUUCGAAAUCUGAAGAAGAGCAUGCUGAACAUUUGAGAGUGGUUUUGGGAGUUCUACGAGAAAAGAAGUUAUUUGCUAAAUUGUCCAAGUGUGAAUUUUGGUUAGGAGAGGUGAGUUUUCUUGGUCAUGUGAUUUCAAGAGGUGGCGUUGCUGUUGAUCCUUCUAAGAUAGAAGCGGUAUCUAAGUGGGAAGCUCCGAAGUCUGUUGCUGAGAUUCGAAGUUUCCUUGGUUUGGCUGGUUAUUAUAGGAAGUUCAUUGAGGGAUUUUCUAAGUUGGCGUUACCAUUGACGAUGUUGACUAGGAAGGGGCAAGCGUUUGUUUGA